CCAUUCAGUCAUCUAUUUCAACACCCUGACAUGACAUAAAGGCGGGAGCUGAGCCUCACAUUCGCCACUCAGACACACACCUCUUUCCUUGGGCAUUCGCUAGGUGAGGCGCUCCCUAGGACUGACUCGCUCCACUCAUGAACCUGCACCAGCAGCAGAAGCAUUUUCUGGAAAUAGACAAGAAGAACUGCUGUGUGUUCCGGGAUGACUUCAUUGCCAAUGUGCUGCCACCAGUGCUGGGGCUGGAGUUUGUGUUCGGGCUCCUGGGCAAUGGCCUUGCCCUGUGGAUUUUCUGCUUCCACCUCAAGUCCUGGAAAUCCAGCCGGAUUUUCCUGUUCAACUUGGCCGUGGCCGACUUUCUCCUGAUCAUCUGCCUGCCAUUCUUGACGGACAACUACGUGAGGAAGUGGGACUGGAAGUUUGGGGACAUCCCUUGCAGGCUGAUGCUCUUUAUGCUGGCCAUGAACCGCCAGGGCAGCAUCAUCUUCCUCACCGUGGUGGCCGUGGACAGGUAUUUCCGGGUGGUCCAUCCCCACCACGCACUGAACAAGAUCUCCAAUCGGACGGCGGCCAUCAUUUCCUGCCUCUUGUGGGGUGUCACCAUCGGCCUGACGGGUCACCUCCUGCACAAAAAGAUGUUGAUCAGGAAUCGAGAUGCGAAUUUGUGCAGCAGCUUUAGCAUCUGCCAUACCUUCAGGUGGCACGAUGCCAUGUUCCUCCUGGAGUUCAUCCUGCCCCUGGGCAUCAUCCUGUUCUGCUCGGCCAGAAUCAUCUGCAGCCUGCGCCAGAGGCAAAUGGACAGACACGCCAAGAUCAAGAGGGCCAUCAACUUCAUCAUGGUGGUGGCCAUUGUCUUCAUCAUCUGCUUCCUGCCCAGCGUGGCUGUGCGCAUACGCAUUUUCUGGCUCUUGCACACCACGGGUACGAAGAACUGUGAUGUCUAUCGCUCGGUUGACCUGGCGUUUUUCAUCACCCUCAGCUUCACCUACAUGAACAGCAUGCUGGACCCUUUGGUGUACUACUUCUCCAGCCCAUCUUUUCCCAACUUCUUCUCCACCCUGAUCAACCGCUGCCUGCGGAAGAAGACACCACAAGGGCCAGAUAACAACCAGAGCACAAGCAUGGAGCUCACGGGGGAUCUGAGUACAACCAGGAGUGUUCCAGACACUUUAAUGGCCAACCCCAGUGAGCCGUGGAACCCAUCUUAUCCAGCCCCAGCUUCUCGCUAAAUAAUCGAGCCAAGAAGAGAGAUUGUUACCAAGAACCAAGGUCUCUGGAGAAACGGUUUGGCUAGGUGCACAGAGUACCAUCGUUAGACCCGGCCUGUGGUUUCCUGGAACUUCCAGAUUCAGAGAAUCAGACUUAGAGAAGUGGUGUGGCAGAGUGGGCUGCCUGGUUGCAGAACGUCAGCAGAGGAAUCUUGGGGGGAACAGAGAGUAAAGCCUCUGAAACUUCUGCUCAAUCUCUGACACUCACAGGACCGAAGACGGCAAAACUGUCCUCACCUUCUGCUGAGUAGAGUUGGAGCCACAGAGACGCCCAUCAGCACCUGUGAUUCACUGACCUCUUUCCCUCCCUUGCCUGAGAUGUGGAUGGUUCUCAGUCCUGGGGAGGGAGUGGGUAUCCAGCCUGUUGGUGGACUCCAGCUGAGACAAGCAGAGCUAAGUGACUGGAGGGAAGUUAUUGCCCCGGAAGGGAGGCCAGGCGUCAUUAACCGAGCCAGUAGGUCACUUACAUUCCAUGGAUUCAUCUCUCAGCCAAGCUUUAGCAGAAAAGCACUAGGCAAAGAGACUCACAGCUUUGGUUAAUAUCUGAGUUUCCAGUAGUGGGAAGAGAGGGAUUAGCCAGGGAGGGACGGAGCAAAAGAGUCUUACUAAGAAAAAGGAAAGGCGUGUGUGUUGCGACCCUCGGCUAAUCCGUUCCUUUCUUGUUGACACUAAUUUGAAGGCUGAGCAGUUAGAGACUUUGGAGAAGAUAGCCGCUUCCCACCUCUGUUUGCUUUUGUCAUUAAAAGGGAGAUGCUGUGCAGCAAUCCGAGGGAGAAGGUGCCUCCUGGUUCCUUUGCUCGUGUUUCUAUCCUUAUGGGAAAUCUACCAUGUCAAUAAACUUGGAUGUGAGACACA